AUGGAACUUGGCAAUCGAACAAAGGCCGAAGCAGUCACUUCUGCCAUCGAGGACGGUGACCAUGAUGGUUACACUCGAGAUGAAAGGGAUCUUAUCCGACUGGGCAAGAAACCAGUGCUGAAGCGUAACUUUGGCUUCAUGCAGAUUUUAGGCUUCUCAUGUACCGUGUUAGUGACUUGGGAAGGCAUACUCCAAGUUUCCACUCCUAGUUUGCUCAACGGUGGUCCUGCGGGCGUCUUCUGGGGCUAUAUCCUCAUAUGGAUUGGUUCUAUCUCCAUUUAUACGGUCUUGUCCGAGUUGUCAUCGAUGGCACCCACCGCAGGUGGGCAGUACCACUGGGUCGCCAUGUUAGCCCCACCGUCGUACAGAAAGUUUCUGAGCUACAUCACUGGAUGGGUGACACUCAUCGGCUGGCAGGCCACUACCGCUUCCUCGGCGUACCUUGCCGGAACUAUCCUGCAAAGCACGAUUCUAAUGUGCGAUUCUGAUUAUUCGCCGAAGCCGUAUCAAGCAAUGCUGCUUGGUUGGGCCGUGCUUGCAUUUGCAGUCACUAUUAACACUGUCGGGAGUAAGACCCUUGCACAUUUCGAAGGCCUGAUCUUGAUAUUGCAUGUCCUGGGCUUCUUCGCAAUUUUGAUCCCGCUCGUAUAUCUUGCUCCGCAUAGCGAUGCCUCCAUUUUCACUACAUUCGUUAACACCGGAGGCUGGUCGACGCAAGCGCUUUCUUUCAUGGUUGGACUACCAUCAUCCGUCUUCGCACUUGUUGGUGUCGAUUCAUGUGUUCACAUGGCCGAAGAAGUCAAGAAUGCGUCUAAAGUAGUGCCGCGAGCCAUUCAAAUCAGUGUAUUGCUGAAUGGUACACUGGGCCUAGCGAUGUUGAUCGCGUAUCUUUUCUGUCUUGGAGACCUGAAUGAGGUAUUGGAGUCUUCAGCAACGCUAGGGUACCCCUACCUAUACGUGUUUUUGAAGGGUACUGGAUCAGCUGCCGGAGCUGCAACCAUGGCUAUGAUCAUGUGGACUCUGGGUGUCUGCUGUCUAGUUGGCCUCAUGGCCGCCACCUCCCGACAAAUGUGGUCCUUCGCGAGAGACAACGCCAUGCCAUUUUCGGCUCAAAUCACCAAGCUCAAUUCUCGAACGCUGAUACCUGUUAACACCAUCAUGAUCACGGCUGCGAUUUCGGUACUUCUAUCUUUCAUCGCACUCGGCUCGUUUGUCGCCUUCAGCAACAUUGUCAACCUCAGCAUCGGUGGGCUUUAUGCCUCAUACUUCAUCGUCUGUGCCUUGCUUCUUUGGCGGCGUCUUCAAGGCAUCAGCCCGUACAAUUCGCAAGCUGCGUUGGUGGGACCAGAUACAUUGCAAUGGGGGCCUUGGAAGGUUCCGGGCGCGUUCGGUAUUGCCAACAACCUGUUUGCAUGCGUAUACCUAUUUGUACUGUGGUUCUUCUCUUUCUGGCCAGGAUCCGUGGAGGUUACCGUACAGUCGAUGAACUUCAGUUCUGUCACAUUUGGUGGGACUGUAAUUCUCGCCGUCGUUUGGUACUUUGUGAAAGGCAGAAAGACAUAUGUGGGCCCGAUCGUUGAGGUGAGUUUGUAG